UUCCUUUAUUUAUAGAUGCACCCACCUACAAAAGGUUUUAGAACUUAUUUUACAGGUGGUACCGCAGUUUUCGUUUUGCUCUUAGUGGUGUGACAAGAUGCAGAGCCAUACGGAUUAUCUGAUACGUUAUGGGAUAAGACCGUUUGGAGAUUACCUGUCCACACGCGUACCAGAAAGCCCCACGCUGAGGCGUCGAUCUCCGUCACUUCUGCGAUCCGCAGCUCACCGCCACGAGCGGCGACCGAGGCCGCUGUCCACUUCCUACCUCGAUUCCGACUUCCGGAAGGAGGACAGCUUACGCUUAGCUCCCUCCUUUUACAGCACAAACAGACACUUCAGCAGGAAAGAACUCCCUCUCUGCACCCCGGACGAGCUGCUGGACAUCAUCAGGGAACCGGCCGGAUACUACGCCCUGCCCACAGAUCCAUGGAACGAAGUAUAUCCAGAUAUCUACCUCAGCGAUGCCCCAACAGCCCUCUGCACAUCUAUACUGAAACGCAUGGGGAUUACUCAUGUUCUAAAUGCUGCCCAGGGUCGUGAGAAACACUGCGGCCAGGUGAACACUUGGGCUGGAUUCUAUUCGCAAACAGGCAUUCAAUUCCUAGGCGUGCCAGCCUUCGACAACGUGGUCUUCAGGAUACAUCCCUACUUCGAAGAAGCGGCAGAUUUCAUCGACGAGGCUCUCCGAAGUGGAGGAAAAGUACUGGUGCACUGUCGCGCCGGGAUCAGCCGUUCGGCCACCCUAGUCUGUGCCUUCCUCAUGCUCAAGAGAAACCUCACAGCGCAAGAAGCAGUGAAGACAGUCCGCAAGAACAGAGCGAUCAUUCCAAAUGAUGGGUUCCUCCAGCAACUUUGCGAUCUCAACGACAAGCUGAAAAGAAAUAAUAAACUCUGUUCAUAAAAUUGAGGUUGAAGAGAUCGGAUGCUUUGCUCAAUUACGAUGCUUGUUACGGCCGAAUUGCCAGCCGCCUUCGGCGGCCGAUUGGCUCGCACGGCGCUGCUCGUGUGACAUGAUGGAACUCUAAUAACAUUUUUUAACUUAAAACAUCAAAAAUCAGGGAGCAUAAUAGCAAUAAUAAUGAGUUUUAACACGUUCACUGCAUAGUGGCGGAUUUACCAUGUCUUAAUCGUGAGAUGCCCAUAUGACAUUAGGGCCUCAAAGCAAAUUCCAAAAGUCACAUGAAAAAUAUUUUCAUCUCUGACCCCAAAAAAAAUGCAUUACGACAAGGCCCCAAACAUGUAAGUCAGCCACUGUAGGAAACUAAGAUUUAAAAAAAAAAUCAAAAAAAUAAUUUUAUUGAAUAUAUUUUAUGUUUGCUCCGCCUUAAUGCAACUUUAGAAAAGGAAUUGCGGCUAAUGAACAUGUUUGCCAGACAUCCCGAUCUGUCCGGGACAGUUCCGGUUUUCACACGAAAUACCAGUGUCCCGAGCAGUUUAAUUCACGUCCCGAUGAAAAAAAAUAAGUCUGAUUACAGAUGACUAAAAAAAGUCUAAAAAUAAAUAACUGUGAAGGAAUAUUUAGGAUAAUUCUUUUGUCAUUUGCAGCACUGACAUGUGAAAUUAAUAUCGGAUAAGAUUGUGAAAAUUUUCACAAAUUUAAAACUAAAAAAAGACUUUUUUAAAAAAAAGUUCUAGCUAAUAAAAAGACCAUGUAAAUAUUGUUCGCACUUUUCUUCCUCAUUCAAAGCGUUUCUCUUCAUUCAAGCAACUUACAAAUAUUAACAUGUAAGAAAUUAGAUGUUCAAAUUUAUCUGCUAGGGUCACUUAUAUAACUACCCCUGGUUUAGGUUCCAUAAUCAAAAACAUUUAUUUAUUCAUAGCAUUGAGACUGAAAAAACAUAAAAACCAGCUAAAGGUGUGUUCCCUUUUGAAUACCCGCGAGGGGAGGAGCGCAUUCUUAUGUCUUGUUUGAAUGUUUCAGAAAUCUUACAAGUCAAACUAUGAAUGAUUUGUGGAUUAAAGAAAAAGUAAAAUUGCAAAUCAAGAUUCUUGUGUUGAUUGUAGAAGUGUAUAAAUGGGGUAGUUUCCAAAAAUUUUAAAGUAUUUUUUUCCGAAAGAGCAUGUUUAAAAACGUAGGAUCUGACUAUUUUUAAAAUAAUUUGCUUAAGUUUAAUAUUAAAAAAUAAUACUUAAAUCGGUGCGCUUUCAUUGUUUAUACUUCUGCCGAUGACAUCACAAAUGAUGAAAUGCCCUUCAGUGUUGCCAUUCACAGAGCAAAAUAUUUAAUUCGCAUUUUUACUCACGUGUAUUGGCAACGAUAGGGUUGAUAGCAAGCGUAGAGCGCAAUGUUUAAUUCGCUUCUUGAUCAUCAUAACGCGGAAACGCUGUAGAAAGAUGCGCCAAAGUGCAUCAUUUAUGACGUCAUCAAGACCGCGCCUUGUUUGAAAAAUCGGACAUUUUAAAAAAUUAAUUAAAAAAUAACUGUUUAGAAAAUGAAAGUAUUUUCUGGGCCCAUGUUAUUAUUUUUGCUUAUUCUAUCAAUUUCAGUGACCAAAAGUAGUACUUUUGAUUUAAGGAAACAACCCCAUUGUAUGAAAUCCAUCCAAAAAUUCUGUUCUCACUCAAAGUCAGCACUAAAUGUACUCAAGAAAACUUAAAAAGUAUUAAAAAUAUUUUUCAUCAA